AUGGAAAAAGGCGGACCAAGCCGAACUAGUGAAGUGAAGGUAAAAGGCCCCAAGAAGAAGGUGGUUGUGGCAUCCCAACAAGGUUCAACAACAAAAGAAGGUAAUAGCGUCCAAAGAAAAGUUAGUAGUGCAAUUAGUAUGAAGCAAUUAGCGAGAAGCCGAGGUAAUAAUGUCAAAGUAAAAGCACCAUUGGUCGAACCAUCGCAAACCACCCCACAAGUAGUUGUUCGUGGUGAGAAAAAGACGGUUUACAUAGACGUAGGAUUAGGUAUAUCACCCCAUAUAGAUGAGGAAUGCAAUUAUAUCCGACCUACGCAUAUAAUAUACAAAAAUUACAUGCAUUAUUUACCACAUUUUAUUCAUGAAUAUGUCAAGUCCACCGAUGAUGUUUCGGGGGACGGAAAUUGUGGUUACCAUGUGUUCCUAGAUCAACUUGGAUCCUUUGCGGAUGAUGCAAGAUCUUGGAAGGUAGAACAAAUUACUUAUGUAAGGGAAAAGUGUUUGCUUGAAUUACGGUGUUCCCCGGAUUUCUAUAAGCGGAUGAUGAGAUUCGAAAGGGAUGAAGCGGGGGCGGUGCUAAAAGAGAGGUUCGAAGCAUUUGAACGGCGUUUAAAGGUCAACACUAAAUUGACAAGUGAAUAUUGGAUGAGAAUUCCAAUAUGUGGCUAUCGACUCGCCAACGCAUUUCAUUGCGUUAUUCAUUCCAUCUCCUAUGCCGAUAGUGCUACAUACGCACCAACAAGAUCAACUUUUACCGAUGAUGAAUCAACAAGGAUAGUCACCAUGGGGUUUGUGAGCAUGAGCCAUUUUAUCGGCCUCCAAUUGAAAGAAGAAUCCCUAUUACCUCCAUUAAGGAGGGGAGAUGGUGGUGACAAUGAAAUAUCAUUGGGUUGGUGUGCUAGGUUUGAAGAAAGAUUUGAAUUGUGGAAAGCAUUGAAGUUGUCAAGGGAUGCUCCUUGUAUACUAAUGACUUCCGAUGAGGAUGAUUAUGAGACUUCCAAUGAUGAUGACUAUGAGUAA